AUUAUUUUAUUGUAGCUAGCAAGAGCCAGGAAAGUGUAUGUAGGCCAGCGCCUAUGCGUCAAUUUUGUACGUGCCCGGUCCGUGUAGGUUCCUGUUGGUCAACUUCAACGGCUGCUGGUCAACUUCAACGGCUAGCAACGUCUGGAAAGUAAACAAGCAAUUCAAAUUGAAGAGGCUGUCCAUUUAUACUUGGUCGAUAUACCUCUUGAAGUUCACUGUCGGCCAACUGGUUCGCUCAGCUUGAGUACACAAGGCGUGACAUGGAGGUGGAAGUCAAGCAACCAGUUCCUAACCAGGGGGGCCAGCAAUGGAUGGCCAUGCCCCAGCUGAACAUUCCAGGAGUACCGCCAGGCCUGGAGUACUUGGCUCAGAUUGAUCAACUUCUCAUGCACCAGCAGAUUGAGCUCUUUGAGGCACUGACCAACAUAGAGACCAAAAAUCGCUAUGCUGUCAAGAACUCCUUGGGCCAACAGGUGUAUUUUGCCUUUGAAGAGUCAGAUUUUUGCCACCGCAUUUGCUGUGGGCCUCAACGCGGAUUCACAAUGCACAUUGUGGACAACCAACAUCGGGAAGUGAUCCGUCUGGAGCGUCCAUUCAAGUACUGUGCUGGCUGCUGCUGGUGUGCAGACACUGACUGCUGUUCCCAGGAGAUCCAUAUCCAGUCUCCACCGGGGCAGGUCAUAGGCUACUGCAGACAGAUUGGAAGUAAGUGGAAGGGAAUGUAUGAAGUGCUGGAUGCAAACAAGUCGGUGGUGUUGAAGAUACGUGGACCCUGCUGUCCUUGUCAGACCAUCUGCUGCACGGGCGACGUGGAUUUCGUUGUGCUGGGUACAGAUGGAGUGACUGAAGUGGGUAAGAUCUCCAAGCAGUGGGGCGGCUUCUUCCGUGAGGUCAUCACCAGUGCUGACAACUUCAGCUGCUCCUUUCCGAUGGACUUGGAUGUCAAGAUGAAGGCCAAUAUGAUCGGAGCCACUUUCCUCAUUGACUACAUGUUCUUUGAGCAGAAGGACAACAAUUCCUAAUUCCACCAUGGAAACCACACACCAGCCAGUUUCAUACUCACUGAGACAAUCAGGGAGAGGAAGGCAGACACGAUUCUCACCUUUUGAUGAUGGCACAAGUUUUUUUUCUUGGCUGCAAUUUGUCUUCAUUUUCAUGUUUUCCAUUGUUUCCAUCUUGUGGUCAACUCAUUGGUUUAAUUGAAGUUGACGUCAUUUGGUCAACUCAUUGGUGUAAUUGAAGUUGAUGUCAUUGAUUUCUAAGGAAAUUUUCUAUGCACUGGCUUUCAAAUAUAGUACAGGGUCUUACUAUUGUACAUGUAUGUCACAAAUAGUUGCAAUUGCUCAAGGCAAAAAGUGUAGUUUUAUAUGACUGAAUAUUCAGGGUUUUUGAAGGAGUGAAAACUGUACUUGUGAAUUGCGGCUUAACUAACAAAGCAAUUCAUAUUUUUUUUAUUUUUGAAGAGAAAAAAAACAGUCCUAAGUACUGAGAAUGAAAGUAUUCAAUGUUGAAGAGUUCUUUUUACUAUGCUGGGAGGAGCAGAAUCUGUUCUGGACAAGUUUACGGUAGAUAGUUUUUAUCAUCUCCGUGUAUUGUUUGUUGGGAGUGCUGUUUGACCUUGCAACAAAUGUCAGCAAGCCUGUUUAUCACUCCCAGGUACAUGUAAAUGGUAGGGACUUGAUGCAUUUGUAGUACAAACAAACCAAUGAUGUGUGGGCUCACAUUCAUAUACAUGAAUUCUGCAUUUCCUGGCCAUUUCAAUCUGCGAUACAGUUACAUCACUUUACCACACGUGUACAAGUUCACUUACACUGUAGACUUUCCUGCAGUUGUGCCUGUUCGUAAUUUGUAAAUUACUGUAUUCACACCAUGAUAAUCCCAGCAUGGAGUCAUGUCUCUUUGGGAUAAAGAAAAAGCAGUGGGAAACCCUAUUUUUUAUACAACAUUCAAAAAAGUUCUGAUUGGUUUUUUUUACAGCACAGGGAGUUAAAAUGAGCAGGCCACUUUAAAGUGACAGAUAAUAAAAGUAUAUACAUGAAAGAGAGAGCUAAAACUGUUGCUUUGUUUAUGCUGCACAUUGAUCAAGUUAUUGAUUGCCAGAGUGUCAUCUUGUGUGAUUGUAGCUGAUUUGCAUAAUCAGUGGGGCAGUAACGUGUACAUGUAUGCUUCUAAUGUGCACACAUUGCAUCAGAUACUACUAUGUGAACAUGUGCUAAUAAUGCAACAAAGUACCAGCACACACACUUUCUUCUGCUUUUUAACCUCAAUAUUGGAACGCACAUAGUAACUUGAAUAUUCUUGACCACGGUAUCUAAGUAUUAAAUAUUCUUCAACAGGGUAUCUGAGCCAUUUGAACAGUGUAUUUCUGCACUGUAUUUUGUGUCUGUAAAAAUAGUUCAUCUAAGGCAUCCCAUUACUUUUAAAUUGAAGCACUGUUCGUAACAAGAAGUUUGACUUAAGUUUUUAGUACAAGAAUUAAUACUCAAUAUAAAUAUCUAUUGAAAUUUAGAUUUCCAUUGUUUGGUGACUUUCUCUUAAUGUAGCCACUAUAACGGCUGUCUAUUCGCUGUUUAAUUAAGAUUUCUAGCUGUAGUUUGUAUAAACAACCAUUCUCCCAAGUAUUGCUUGGAAAAGAUUGCA